AUGUCCGCGCCUGCGCAUGCCGAAACGAACGAUGAUGCCUACGUAUACGAAGCUCUCGCAACAGACCGACCUCGUAUCCGCCUUAUCACCGUAUGGCAAGGUGUCAGACGCGCGUCGUACCCUUACCCACCAACCGAUAGCGACGAGAUACGGUGCACCAUCGACACAUUCGAGGUAGACAAGGCUCCGAGCUACAUUGCCUUGUCUUACACCUGGGGCGAUCCCAUACCGUUACACACUAUUCGGCUCAAUGGGAAACACUUUAGUAUUCGAGAGAACCUUUUCGAUUUCUUGAAAGCAUUCGGUGCCAGCGACAUUGGUCAACAGAAGCAUUAUCUAUGGAUUGAUCAGCUUUGUAUCGACCAGAGCAACGAUAACGAGCGUGGGCAUCAAGUACAGAUGAUGAGAAACAUUUAUCGUCACGCGUAUCUUGUAAUCAGCUGGCUCGAUGUGUCAUGUCACGAAGCGUUCAGAGAGAUUGCAUCAGGAAGAUUUGACCAGGAAAAAACUUCAUGUGUGGCGAUGUAUGGAUUCAUUAUGGGCUAUUAG